UAGAUACUAUCAAUAGAUACGUGAGAUCUUAAGACUCGUUAAAAUGUAAGUUUAUUUUUCAACCAAAAUUUCAAAACUGUAUUAUUUACCUUUUAAUCAACCAAAUUGCGGAGCAAUUAAUCAACUAGUUUAUUUAUUUUUUGUGUUUACAGUUAUGUGAUAGUCUUGUAUCUCAUAUACUUCAAUUAAAUUGUUUAUUUAAUGGUUAAUUAAGCAUAAAAAUUGAAUAGUUAAAGGAGACGGAGUUUUCAACUUUUCACAAUGUAUUAUGACAAUAGGAAAAGGCUCAAAACUCACGAAUGUUACCGACACUUGAAAUAAACUAAUCAUUUACCGACAAAUCAACAAUCAACUUUGAUUGAGAUAAUGAACAAAUCUCUCUUGCUUAAACAAUCAUAAUAUGUUCACUCUUAAUUUUGCAUUUUACUUGAACGUUAACAGUUGAAACCUUCACAAUUAACCAUCAACACAUCAAACCAUCGAUAAAACUAGUUGAUCAAUUUCAAGAAUAAGUUUUUAUACAAUUCAUCAAGUGUAAUGUCUAAAAGAACUCAAUUUUUUCGGUGUAAAUCAACUGAGAAAAUCUUGAAAUGGUUGGAAACCAAUUAUGAACUGUGCGAUGAUGUUUGUUUACCUCGUUGUCUACUUUAUAAACAUUACCUGGACUACUGUGGUUCAAUCAAAUCAGAGCCAAUAAGUGCAGCUGCAUUUGGAAAGAUUAUCCGUCGUAAGUUCAAUAAAAUAGCAACUCGUCGACUUGGUACUCGGGGACAGUCAAAGUACCAUUACUUUGGAUUAGCGAUUAAAAAAAGUUCACCUUAUUAUGGCGAUUAUCUAGAAAACAGUCAACGAUUAAGAACCAAAUUACGUAAAGUUGGUUGUCGCAAGAAAAUGUUGACAUCAAAUCAUCUCAAUACUAACCUGAUUGAUAAAGUAAACCAAUUGAUGGACAAUUUCCCACAAGCCAAUGAAUUUGUUAAUCCUUCUAAUCCAGCUUAUAGAAACAUUGAAACCUUUCUUUGCAUGUAUAAAACUCACUGUGACCAUUUAGCUGAUAUUAUCAUUAACUUUAAACUGGACUCCAUUCAGCUUCACUUGAGACACUUUUGGCUUCAAUUACCUUGUCACUUUGAUCGUCUCUUGCAAUCAGAUUUACUUUCCAAAUUAAUUCAAUGCUGUGAUUACACUUUUUUUGAGGGUCUUCUAAAUGCUUUGUAUCCUCAAAAUUUUAAAACGGUUUCAAGUCAAACGCUUAAUUAUCUUAAUAUUUUGACAAAUAAUUUUGAAUUAUGGCUACGAGAAGCUUUAAUUGGUCUUCCUGAUUCAUUAAUUUCUGUAAAAGUUGAAGCUUUACACCAUUUCGUAAGAUCCAUUAAAAGGUACAAAUAUCUAUUUCCUCUAAUCAAGAGUUGUUCGUACACUUUAAAUCAGAAAGAAUUGCUAUCUUUAAUGACUGAUGAUUUACAAUCUCUUGAUUUGGAUUCAAUUUUGGAUGAUUCUCUACUUAAUUGUAACAAUAACCAGUUGAAUCAAAGUUUAACUCUUUUGGUUGAUUUUUUUGCUCACCUUCAGUCAACAACCGAUUUGGAUACAUUUUUUUCCUCAUUGAGACGUUUAUUCCAUAUUUCACUGAAAAAUUGUCAAUCAUCAUGCAUUGUUUCCAGAUCAACUGAAUUCAUCCUGAUUGUUAAUCGACUGAUUGUUUGUUUGUGCCGUGAAUUGACGAUAAAUUAUGUACCUACACUGAAUCAUUGGAUAACAUUAUUUUCAACAAUCAGGGAAUAUUCAAUUCUAGUGGCAGAGGAAACAAUUAGACAUGACAAUUUUCAAAUUAACAAAUUAUCAAUUAUAUGUUGGGACAAUUUUAGUUUUGAUAACAUCAAUUUCUGUGAUAGUCUGUUAGCCAGAUGAGUGGGCAAUAUACUAAUUCAGCAAAAUCUUGAUCAAACAGUUCAGCGGAAAAUUGCAGCAAUUUAAUUUUUGGCCGCACAUUUUUUGAAAAAUUUAAUCACUGUCAUGAAGACGAUUCAAUGGAAACUAUUAAAAGCAAUUAUCGUGGGGAUUGUUUGUAUUUUGUGAUGAAAAACUCAAUAUGAGCUGUCUUAACAAAUAGCUGCAUUACAUGGAAACUCAUCUCCACUGGUUCCACCUUUUCAUCAGGUUUAACAUGAACUAUGUUCAGUGAUAAUUUCAAUCUUGACUGAAUUAAAGAUCAUGCAAUUGUAAUUUAACUCAUGGUUAAUGGUUUGUUGCUUGAAAAAUAAAUAGAAGCAAAAAGUUCUCAUCCAAAAAUCUAUUGUGACUAUUUAAAAGGUUAUUUGUGUUCAAGUUUUCCUCAUCAUAACCAAAUAAUUGAAAUUAAUCAAACUGUACGGAAGCUUCAGAUUUAACCGUUAAGUUACCGUAUCGUCUGACCUUUCAGCCUUGACAACCUUUGAAAAAUAAAAGGUUCAAGUUGCUAAAGAUUGUAAAGACAAAAAGAAAGAGAUUAAAAAAUGAGAUAAGAUAGCAAAAAGGAGGGAAGUCUCCAUUUUGUCUUCAUUUUUGUUUAACUUGACAACGGUUCUUUUGAAAUCAGUUUAACUUUUCUAUUUUUACUUUAACCAUGAACUUCAUCAUGUUUAGAUGUUUAUCUUAUUUACAAUGAAUUACCUUAAUCAUCAACAUCAUCUCCAUCUGAAGUUAAAACACAGAAAAUCUAAAUUAUUACCAUUUAUUAAUAUUUAUAUUCUAUUUUUUCACACCAUUAAUCUUUGUUUAACUGCAAGUACCAUUGUUUCUGCUGAAAUCUUUGGUUUACAUCCAGCUAUGCCUGAGAAAGAACCCGAUUCCUCAUUCCAAUCUUCCCGGGAACCCAAUAAGACAACAAUUACAUCAGAAGAUCUCUCAAUAAGUCAUCCUUUUUCAAGUGAAAGCUCAGCUCGAGCACCUAUCAUCCUUUACCCUCUGGCCAGGCGAGUUGGUUUCAGUACUCUUAUGUUGAGUGCUUUACUUUAUGGUCUAACCAUUAUUCCCGCUUUGUUAUCAGUUUCAGGUUACGAUCCCUUUGGAGGGUCUGGUUUGAUACCGUUAGCUCUUCCCGUGUUGAUUGGAGCAUUUGCUGGAAGACGGAGAAAAAGAUCUUUGCCAAAUGAUUACAUUCAACUUGAAAGAUUAACAAUUGAUGUUGACAAAGUUAAAACGCUCAUUUCAACAUUGGAAUCACCAUUUGGUGUUAAAGUGACCAGUGGCAACAACCUGUGCUCCAAAUUUAAAUUAUGCCGUGGUAUCGAGUCCAUUCGUCGAUCAGUGAUUAAAUUUCUUAGGCAUUUAUUCCUUAACCAAGUUAAACGACUAUCCAGCGUUGAUGUCCAACACAUUCAAGCCUUACCUAAAAUACCCAACUCAUGAAGAAUAGCAUUUAGGUCUGUAUUUAUAAAUCUUUUUACCUUUUCGUUAUAACUUCGUAAUUUUUAUAACCUACAGUUUUAUUUAUUUAUUUAUUUAUUUAUUACUACUCGUAUGAUUUAUAAUCAAUAAUGAUAGUCACUUUUUUAAUGUAUAACAUUGGUUGAAACUGUCACAAUAUUUGAAGAAAUACAUUAAAAUUAAGCAUCAACAAUCUAAA